AUGCAGUCCGCCGCUACUCUCAAGAACGCCCUGGCCAAAAAGCAACCCGGAAUCGGGUUUUGGCUCACAUUCAAUGCCCCCUCGAUCUGCAAGACCAUCCUCGCUGGGGGCGGGUUUAAUUGGGCUUUGAUCGAUGCAGAGCAUGGUCAAAUCACUGACUCGGACUACUACGCCCUCACCAACCUGGUCGCUUCCUCAGGAGCUAGCCCGAUCAUCCGCGUCCCCUACGACCUGGAGUGGAUGAUCAAGCGCGCGCUUGACUCUGGAGCUCAUGGUGUCAUGACACCGAUGUGCCACUCUGCGGAUGACGCUCGUCGCAUCGUGCAGUACUCCAAGUACCCUCCCCGCGGAACCCGGGGCUAUGGUCCCAUGUUCUCAGCUCACUCGUUCGGCUUGCAAGAGAAGGAGUAUCCCGCUGGAGCCGAUGACAACCUGCUCGUGAUCGUCCAGAUCGAGAGUAGGAAGGCGGUGGAGAAUGUCGAGGAGAUUGCAGCUGUGGAUGGAAUUGACGUCCUCUUUAUCGGCCCCUAUGAUCUGAGCAAAUUCCUCAAUGUGCAAUUUGGGUCUGAGGAGCACGAAGCUGCUAUCCAGCGCACGCUCAAGGCAGCUAAAGCAGCUGGCAAGACCGCUGCCAUUUUCUGUACCAGUGGGGAACAAGCGAAGAUGCGACUCUCGCAAGGUUUCGAGAUGGUCUCGAUCGUCACGGAUGUUGGCGCUCUUGCGGCGGCGUUCGACCGGGAGUUGGCAGCCGUACGGGGCGUGGAAGUGGGGCAAGCGAGGAGUGCGUACUGA